AUGAGCAGGAACUACAUGUCCAGCGGUGAUGAGCUUCGCAAAGGAGACUGUCUGCUGUCCAACAACAGAUCAUAUGAGGCAACCUUCCAGGAGGAUGGCAAUUUUGUGAUAUACAACACUUCCCACACGGCAGUGUGGGCAACUGACACGGGGGGUUGGACAGAAGCCCACUCUCUGCGCAUGCAGAUUGAUGGCAAUGUUGUUAUGUACAGUAAAGAUGGACAUGCCCUCUGGGAGACCCAGACCAGCAGCAGCUCUUCAGAAGGAUGCGUCAUGUACCAUCACUUCUACCUGACUGAUGACGGAAACUUGGUCCUUGAGCGGGAUCUCAAGGAAGUGUGGAACUCUGCCAGGUCUAAAGGGCACAAGUUGAAGGGUUGA